AUGAAGAAUGAUAUGUCCGCAAUUUCUCGGAUAAGAGAAAAAGGAAAAUUGAAUGAUAAAAAAUACCUUAUGAAGCCACUACCUUCCAACAAUACAUUAGUCAUUGAUAGUCAAUCGCGCAUUCACAUUCUGAAAUUGCUUGAUAAUUGGUUAAGUGAGUUUUCUCUCCUACUUGAACCUUGGUCAAAAGUGUUAUAUUCUAUUGGAAUUGUUUUAUUUGAAAAAUUUAUCCAUGCUUCCUCUUCAUCUACUAAUUUUCUAUCAUUGCUUGAUGAAAAUAAUAAUAACAACAACGAAAUCUGGUUACAGAUACUUUCGAUAAAUGAUCCAAUAGAAUCAAGGUUCCUGACCAAAGUUUUUCACGGAGUACGAUUGAACAAUGGUCAUCAUUCAUUCAGGUUUCCAAUUGGAGGAACUAUUCGUUUAUAUGGCUUGAAUGAUACUAAAAUCAAAAUACAAAAUGUAAUAGAAAUAGUGGACGCUUUAGUUUACUUGAUUCAUAGUCUUUAUUUGGAAACUUAUGUUAUGCGAGAUAGUCAUGUGAAAUUGAUUAUAUCAUCGUAUAACGUAAACUGGAACUCUUUAGAAAGUAUUAACAUUUCUGACGAAACUACAAAGAAAUAUUCUUCUUUAAAAGAAAAAGAACAUCAUGAUUCAACUUCUUCGUCUACCGUUAUGAAUUGUUGGAAACCAUUUCAUAUGCAUCUCUUGUCCAGUUCAAAAUCUUUAUUCAAGAAAGUAGGUAAAACUACCAAGCACGAACUUUCUUUAUUAAAUGUUAGAAACAAUAAAAGCCUUCAGCUAUCAUACAGUCAUCAUUCAUCCUUUGCAAACUUUGAUACUAUUAAGCAGGAAAAUUCACAUGAUUAUUUUUCUAAACUAAAACUACACAUUGAAAAUGCCUCUUUUAUAUCAUCUUCACCUAAUUGUCAUUUCCCAUGUCCAAUUUUACUGAAUAGGCUUGAAACAGAAGAAAAGAUGUUGAUUAAAGAACAAAAAAGACUCUUAACUCUGUAUAAGGAUCAAUAUAAUAUAUCCUCUGAUAAGAAUAAAGCAUUUCCUUUAAUAACAGAGAUGGUGCAAUUACCUCAGUCAAUUACAGCCUAUACUUCGAUUCGCUCAUCAUCUCAUUUAUUAGCUGACAGCAAAAAGGGAUUAGAACAUUUGAUGUUGGACACUACUUCUUUAAAUAGCUUUAGGAAUCAUCAAAGCAUCACCUUUGCAUUUACUUGCUUCCCUACAGACUAUCACGAUAAGCCUUGUUUAGGUCCUUUGCUGAGUACAAUUCAUUAUUUUAAAUACCACCCAUCAUUAUCAUCAUCAUCGACGACAACGACGAAAGACAACAUCAUUCAUACAUUAUUCAACCUAUUCCCAAUAAGAAAUUUUGAUCAGCCAUUAGGUAAUCUAAUUUAUUAUUGGUGUAACCAGUGUCGCUAUCAUACUAAGGCACAAUCACAAUGGGAUCCUGGAGUCGUAGUAGAGACAUCUUCUUCCUCGACUAUAAAGAUGAAUAAAUUAAAUAAUAAUAAUAAUAACCCAGUUCAAGUUGAGAAUCAUGAGACUACUAAAAAAACUAUCUCCUCUUUAUCACUCUUCCCCCCUUUUCCUUCUUCUUCUUCUAUAAUACCGUCUACAGCCGACGAUCUGCGAUCCAUCAAGUUUUAUGACUGUUGCAAGCAGUCAUUCAUAAAGCAUACAUUGAGUUUUGCACAUGGAAUCGGAAGGAUUCAAAUCUGCUUUAGCACACGUGAGCCUCUUGAAUCUACUGAAAAGACGCAUGAAAUGAUGAUAAUGACAUGGAUUUUAUGCAAUCAAUGUGACGAUGCAAAGACGGUACCCACCAUUUUAAGCAAAGAAACAGGAUCUUUCUCCUUUGCUAAAUAUUUGGAGCUUAUCUUUUAUAGUGCAACACUGGCAUCACCUGAACCAUUCUGCAAGCAUACAAAAAGGGCAGAGAAUGACAGAAAGAGUGGGGGACAAGGUCAACAUAUAGUAAGGUGUUUCCAAUAUAAGGACAUCUGUGUCCAAUUCACAUAUCAUGAUAAUGAUAUGACCUAUUAUGAAAUACGAAUGCCAAAAAUUCGGUUAUCUUUAGGAAUUGUAGAACAAAAGAACGAAUUCUCUUUUUCUUCACCAAGAAUGAGUAUAACAACCUUAAUGGAGUGGAGGGAUAAGAGUGCAGAACGGGAUGUCGAUUUAUUUUUUGAGACCAUUCGAACCCAUUUAAAUGCAUUACAGCACUAUACAAUGACCGAAUGCAAGCGAAAAUACCUAGAGCAACAGCGACAAGAUCUUUCCCAACAACAACAAAUGGAAGCAAAGCUACUUGAAAUUGAAAUCAUGGCAUUAAGUAAACGUCUCGAUAUGAAUUACAAAGCCAUGAAACGUGCUUUACAGGACACAAAUCUAAAUGAACUAAAUGACUUUAGACGUUAUUUUGCCAUUCAAUCUGAAUCUAUUAUUGAAUAUCUAGCAGAUUGGCAAGAAGAAAAAAAAUGUUUUCAAGUAACUACUGAUACUAUUUACAAUUGGGAUCAUCGACCCGAGUAUACUCAAUCAAAGGGGAUUCAUUGUUUUCCUGGAUCUUCUGUCCUUGUUCGUGAAGAUGAGCCUACCUCUAUCAUCGCUUAUACAUUGAGUUCAAAUGAUUACUUUCGAGACAUGCUACAAUAUGAAGAAAAUGAGAGUCAUCCUGAUGCACCCUUUAAAGAACCUGUUAUUACUGUCAUAACGGAGGACAAUGAUUCACAUCUAUUAGCAGCUUUAACAAACAAAAAAAGGGAAUCGAUUGCUACCACUACAACUAGUAGUAGUGCAAUACCAACAUAUAUUCUUGACAAAUAUUACUCAUCUAUUGAACCAUCCUUUCGUACAACAAUAACAGAAAUAGUUAAAUCAAGCGUUGCAGAAAGGCAAGAAGAAGAUGAUAGUAAGCCCGAAAAGAAAGAUUUAUUGCUAAAAAGAAAGCAUAUUACAGAACGCACUCUAAAAACUUUAGUCUCUAUUCAACAACAAGAAGAAAAAAGAGAGGCAAAUAUAACAUCUCAUUUUUACAAUAAAAUUCCUUCCAACUCUAUUAAAAGAAUAAUGAGCCCUCAUUUAAAGCAUACGUUUAUUCAUGAUGGAGUGGAAUUUACUUGCAUUGUAUACUAUGCAAAAGAAUUUGAAAUACUUCGUAGGCAAUGUGAUAUAAAUCAAUUAAUGAUUGAAUCUAUUAGUCGAUGUCAAUCUUGGUCAACUACGGGUGGUAAAAGUAAAAGUCGCUUUUAUAAAUCUCAAGAUGAUCGAUUUGUUAUAAAAGAAAUGAUGAAUGCCUGGAAUAUAGCAGAAAAAGAUGCUUUUUUAAAAUUUGCACCAAAUUACUUUGAACAUAUAAAAAAAUCAGCCAAUGAACCUUCAAUACUGGCCAAAAUAUUUGGAUUUUUUACAAUUCAAACGAAGAAUCUACUAGAUAAAAAGACUAUAUUUAAUUUAGAUGUACUUGUAAUGGAAUAUUUAUUUUUUAAACAAAAUAUUAUUAAGAAAUUUGAUUUUAAAGGGAUACAUGAUCGACAUUUGGAUAAAGUCCACAAACAAAAAAAUGAUACUACCUUGUGGGACAGAGAUUGGCUAAAUGAAUUCCGAAUGUAUUUUCCUGUAUAUGAAACAUCAAAAGCCAUUAUGGAAUUAGCUAUUCGAAAUGAUACAGAGUUUUUAGCGAAAUGUAAUAUAAUGGAUUAUUCUUUAUUAGUAGGUAUUGACCAAGAUAAACAUGAAAUAGUUGUUGGUAUAAUAGGAGCCUAUACGUGGUAUAAAAAAAUUGAAUCUAAAAGUAAAUCAACGUUACAGCCUAGAAAAGAAGUUACUAUUGUACCUCCAGAUCAAUAUAGACUAAGAUUUUGUAGGGAAAUAUGCAAUUAUUUUAUUUCAAUUCCAGGCAAAUUCGACUUUGUAACACCUUCAGGCACUUCACUAAGUUAA